UGAAAAGGCUCUGAGGAAGGAGAGUAUCUGGUGAGUUCCUGAAACAACAAAGAGACCAGAGUGGCAAGAGCUGAGUGAGCCCCAGGAAGAGAAGAGACAGACAGCUCAGAGGGAUAAAAGGUAUCUCUGGGCCCAUUUUACAGGCCUCAGCUUAACUCAGUGAAAUGGAGAGCCACUGAGGGGUUUUGAGCAGAGAAGUGACCAGAAUCUGACUUGUGUUUUCAUAGCAUCAUUCUGGAUGAUGUUGGAGAACAGACAGAAGGAGGCAAGUCCAGAAGCAGGAAGACCAAUUAGGAGUCCCCUCCCUCACUGAAAUAACCAAUAUUAGUGCUGGGCAUUGUGGAAACUGAAAUGGAUAAAUUCGGGAACCUGCCCAGUACAGUGAAUGUUAAAUUCUGCUGUGCAUCUUAAUCUCCUGAAAUACUUAGGUUUUAAAAAUGCAGAUUUCAGACCACACCCCCCACCCUGAAAAAUCCUAGUUUCCUGGGUCUGGGUUGUGGGUGUUGGGAUCCUCCUUCCCCACCUGUGAUUCUGAAGCAAGUUGUUGCUGAAUUCCAGUUGGAGGCUCACUGGGGCUUAAUAAACAUCUGAUGAAUUAACAACGGAUACGGACUUUCCCAGGGUUGAAUGUGUUGGAGAAGGAGGGCACAAGAGAGAGUUGGUCCCCGGAAGCCAGGGCGCGGAGAGUGGGGAGGAAACGGUGGGAGUCCCCGUCGGGAAGGCGCCCCCGGGGCCCCGCGAGACAAAGGGCGGUGUCCUAUAAAGGCGGCGGCGGCGCGGUGUCCAGGCGAGGGCGCACACGGCCGGCGAGGGCGACGGCUACGGCGACGGCGCGGGCUCUUUGCGAGGAGGUGCGUGGACUCCGGGGGGACAUGGGCGCAACCAGGGCCGGGCUCGGGGGCCUGCGGGUCUCUCGCUGAGCCAUACUCACCCGGGAGAGCAGGAAUGCGGCGGAGACUUGGUAGCAGCCACUGAGCCAAUUCGGUGGGAAGACC